AUCUACCUCGCUCAUCUUAGGUUCGACAAGUCAGUCAAGAGAGUUGUCAAGGUCUCACGACGUGACGAAAAGUCAACGAAGAGAUUCUUCAACGAGUUGAGCUUGUUGAAAGGCCUCCAGCAUCCCAACGUCAUGACGUUUGAGAAGGCGGGAUCGUUUUCCGACCACCACGCCGUCAUCAUGCCCUACUGUAAUGGCGGUGCCCUGUACAACCUGAUAGGAAAGAUAACAAUAGGAGAGAUUGAAGAUUAUUUCUUACAGAUGUGUGGAGGCCUGAAGUACCUGCAUUCCCGAGGAAUCGUUCACAGGUACAUCAAACUGGACAACAUUCUUGUCAACGGUUCUCAAAUCGUCAUCACAGAUUUUGAUAUGUCAAGCGGGAUCAUACCUGGAACGUCUCUUGUCCAGCAUAAGAUGGGAACAGAACCCUACAUGGCCCCUGAGAUGAUUGCAAAU